GCUUCUUCACAUCACAGAUGGUAGUCUUAUCACAACUGUUCGCAGAUGAUAUACCACUGCCUCGUGGUAAUGCAGCCAAAUGGUCAUCCAUCUUUGUGAUGUUUGCGUCUUUCAGCUAUAUGUUUACUUGCACUGAAGUAAACAUCAUUGCACAGCAAAUCAUGCUUCAGCUUUUUAUAUCAUUAUUAGCUCAAAGUAUGUUAAAGCUGUGUGAUUUUCUGGAAGAACUCAGGCACAUUCCUUCCAGAUACAAAAAUAGCUGGAAGGCUUUUAGUGCAUCAUUUAAUCAUAACGGAUAUGGCUAUCGAUUAGUAGUAUUUAUACUGUUCUACUGCAUUGUUCAGCACUGCAGGAUUGAUGAUGUUCAUUUUAUAAGUUCUUUGGCAUGGAAUGUAAGCAGUUACUGUUUCUGCUGUGCUUUCCUCAAGGUUUUUGGAUUCCUUGAUCUCACUCCAGCUGAAAUUUCAGAAAUCUGUGAGAAGAGUAAAUUUAAUGUUGCUCAUGGAUUGGCUUGGUCCUAUUACAUUGGUUACCUGAAAUUAAUUUUGCCAAAUCUGGAAGAAAGAAUAAAGAAAUGCUAUGUUAAAAAUGUACUAGAUUGCAAAGAAAAUUGGAAGUUAUACAUCCUAAUCCCAUUCAGCUGUAAGAUUUAUGGCAAAUUGGAGAAGAUGGACAGCAAGAUUGAAUUCUGUCAAAACCUGCCAGAGAUCUGUAUUGACAGAGCUGGAAUAAAAGCAAGAAGUUACAAGAAUAGUAUUUAUACCAUUUAUGAUCAAAAUAGCAGGCCUCAUCAUUGUAUCCUUGAAUAUGCCACACCACUGGGGUCAUUGUUUGAAAUGUCGAAUGAUGCCACUGCAGCCUUUAACAAAGAACAGCGUCUAGAGCAGGCCAAGUUGUUCUAUAUCACCUUAGUGAAUAUCCUGAACAACUCUCAAGAAUGUGCAGGUUACUUUAGACUAAUUCCAUAUGAUGAUGACUUAGGGGAAGGACAAAUGGACUCACAUUUUUUAUCUACCCUGAUCCUGAAGCAUCUGGCACAGGAGAGAAUAGAAUAUACUGUACCAGAACAAGCCACUUGGAAUGAACUAUUAAAUGAAGACCAAUUAAUGAUCAGCAAAAGUGAUGAUCCACAGACUUUACAAAGUACAAAUCACUAAGUGGUGUAUCUUCAUCUAUAUAUUUUACUGUAAUUUUUACUAGUGCCUUAUUUCAAGAUUUUAUUGCACUAUUCAGUGUUGACACAAUUAUCGAUGCCUAUGCUAGAUUUAAAAGUUGUCCAUAUUCCUUUUGAGAUUUAAAAUGGAAUAUCAAAUUCAAGUGACAAAUA